ACACUACACACGUGUGCAGUGAACCGAUCACGGUUUUCCCAGUAACGUAAAAAUACACAAUCACACGGAAGUGAGAUUGACCAGAUUGUCUAAGGAAAGGAAGUUUACAUGUAGCACGUACGGUAACCCAGAGACUGGACCUCGUCUGUACCGUUACCCUGUGGUCAAAAUUGCGAUGGUUGACCUCCAUCUUCUCGUACAAACAGUUGUUUACUGUUGUACGUUUGUCUGCGGGUUUGUUGUGGCAAUACCAAUCGGCGUGACAAACUCGAAUUUUGAUGGAAUGUGCAUGCUGUAUGGAGAUUUCAAAUGGACUGCCGAUUCAUUUCUGAUGGAAUCAAGUGAGCAACUCAAUUGUACCUUCUCCAUUUAUCUGAACGUCCUUGGCGGCAUUUUCUACUCCCUGUUCCUACUGGCUUACAACUCGUACGCGCUUCACAAAUCCAAAUCGGAUCACAAUGUUGUAUUCGGGAUGUGGGUUAUGCCCUUCAUACUACUGAACUCAGUCAUGGCCAUCCUGAUACUUGUCUCUUCCUGUAUCAUCACUGUGGGGUUCAACGACUUCUGUAGCGGGAUCACACAAACCGAGUUCUUUUCCAGCUGUUCUGAAGCUGAAAACAGAGAAUGGAAAAACCAUAAAACCGGUGAACCUUUCAAUAUUGGAAACUUCUAUGAACUUAUGACAGUGGGAAAGUUUGCCUCCUGGAUUUCUUUCCUGUUGUGGCUAGGACAAGUAGCUCUUGGUGUUCUACGCUUUGUCAGAAACAGGACACACAGGACACGGAGUGCGGAUCGAGAGCGUAUCGGAGACGUAAACCCGUCUGCCUGAAAUGGCGGGAACAGGAAUGAAUAACUGAUGGAAUUUGGGAAGAGACCGUUGACUUUCAAUAGGAAUAUUCUAUCUCAAUGAUAUGAUCAGAAACUAAAGGAGGAAUGCAAAAUGCCAUUAUUAAUUGUUGUGAUUUCUUUCAAACUGAUUCAUACCUAGGAAUAUUGAAAUAUGACAUCAUAGAUAGUGACCGACCUACUUUUGUAUAGUGGGUUUUUUUUCGAUGGAACAUUUACUAGUUAUACAAUUUAUUCAUAUUUUGUAUUCUUUUUUUCUUUUUUUUUUUUUGGUUGUUGUAUUUUCACUUUUUAUCUGAUCGGAAAAGCCCUUACUGCCACAAAGCGUGUCGUCCGCUUUACAUGUAAAACCAAGAUGUCCCAUAAUUGGUAAUUGAACAUGUGCUAUUAGACCAUAUUAAAAUAAAUAAUUAUUUUUUUUCUUGAAAAUAUUUCUAAUAGUUUAAAAUUAGUUUUUCUCUCAAUCGAUGUACAUUAACGGAUUAUUAUCUAAGACAGAACCACAUUGAGUGUUGGUUUCAUUUUGGUAAUAUUGUUAGACGAAAGACGAGAAAAUUCGACCGUGUAAUGACACGACGAAUCCUGCGAGAAAUUAAGUAAAAACAUCGAAAUGGAUGUAAUAUUUAGUUGGUGGGCUGAAAGUAUUAUGCCUGGAAAAGGUGUCUGUGUAUAAAGGAUUUAUAACUCGGGGAAUGUUUUCAUCUUUGAUAUAUCGUUGCUUGGGUUUAGUUAGACUUCUCAUGAUUUACAGUGCUGUGUGAAUAAAAGACUCAUUUUUGAUUUAUUUAGUUUGAACGUACAAACCUACAGACACAGCUGUGCUAAAAAUGUUUAGCAGCAGUAGAUUGUCGUCUGCUAUAUUAGUGCUUCGGUAAUUUAUAAGGCAUAGGGGUUGCGUAAGGUUCUGCAUCCGAGACAAAGGGUCCUAUAUUAACCUCUGUUGAUAAUCUAAGUAUUUUUUUGUCAGAUUUACAUAACAUUUGGACAAGAUAUUCAGCUUACAAAAAUGCAUACUGAGUUCAAAUGUCAAGGUCGACGUGAUAAGGUCACAGGAGUACUAGAUGUCUUCAGUAAUACAUUUUGUUCUGCCAUUAUGAAGCAUAGAUGAUCGUAAUCUAACAACAGCUAAAUUGACCAAACGUUAAGGUCAAAUUAUGUUUUGUUUCACUGAUUAACAUUUUGUUUUAAGAUAGUGAAGGGCAAGUAAAGUAGACCGGCAGUAAACAAGGAGUUAACGGUCAAAGGUUAAGGUCAGUGAGUCAACGGCCUUUGCUGACAAUGUAAUGCUCUAGUUUGUUUUGUAGCACUAGACUGGGUGCUUGAGAACUGUCCACUAUCUUUGUGGCCAUGCACCUUUUGUUAUAAGUUAUUAUUUACAAUUCUCUACAUUGUGUUUGUUUAAUGUUCAAUUGGGGCCAUACUCUAUAUAUACAUUCUUGAAUUGUAUAUAUACAUAUACUAUAUAUAUAUCAACAUUUGUAAAGUUGUAUCUUUAACAGUUUUACAAUAUUUUCCACCUUUUGUAUUCUUGAUUUUUUCUAUCAUUCUAUUUUUCACUUUUUGUUAGUUACAUGUACAAGUUACUUUGCUUUUACUUGUAUACUCUACAUUGAUGUAUAUCUAUAAAUAUAUAUAUGGGACAAAGAAGUAAUUCAAACAGUAUGAACAAUGAGACUUGUUAAAUUUUCGAGGCAAUCCGCCCCUUUAUCAAAACACAAAAAAUACAAAUACAAUCACAUAAUAUAUACUGUUUAUAUUACUUCUUUGACCCAUAUAAAUAUAUAUAUAUAUAGUAAGACGAGUAUAAACUGAUUAAUAGAUCUGAGGUUAAAUUAAUUGCUUUAAGAAUAUUGAGUACUGGAAAUAUCUCGUUUUUAGUUUGGGUGUCUGACAGUCCAUCAUCUCUUGUUUAACAUUGAGUUAUAAAACUAAAUAUAUUAAAUAUAUCUUACUUGACUUAACACUGAAUGUCUUCAUUUAAUGCGAACCCAUCACUAUUUUUUUCUCAUUUUUUCUUCUUUUUUUCUUUCAGUUAUAAGGUUUAAUCUCUUCUGUUACUUUACAGUGUGGUUAUAACAGAGAUUCAUAACACUGGCUCUAUGGGUUAACUUUGCCUCAUAACACUGGCUCUAUGAGUUAACUUUGCCUCAUAACACUGGCUCUAUGAGUUAACUUUGCCUCAUAACACUGGCUCUAUGAGUUAACUUUGCCACAUAACACUAAAUCUCUGAUGUAACUUUUAUAUCCAUAUGGUAUCUUUAAGUCGUACAACGUUGUAAUUUUGGUUUGUAUUAUCAAUAUUUUGUUGUAUAUGCGAAGGUCAUAGACGUAGUUGUUUCAAAGGCUUGAUUGACCAAACAAUACCGGGAUGUCAAAAGUUCACUUGAUUGUGUUAAAGAAUCUUUUGAACAUGUACACUUCCAUACCUAAACUCCCCGAACUUGUCAUGCUUCUUCUCCGCCACACCAUGGUUACGACGUAGAUGACUGCGCAUGCGUGGCAGUUUCGUAUUCCCUACAAACAAUGAUACCUUCUUUCGAAUCUCACACCUACGAUAAGUAGUAUUUCAGAUAUCAUUAUUAUCAUUAACUAGAUUAUGUUAUGUUUCCAUUGUCUUACUAACACCAGAACCAUAAAUGGUGGUCCUUUUCAAAUAGAGGUAAAAUCUGUAACGUUUUUAUGUCCUAUACUAUCACCUCUCAACCAAUUAUCCUACAUUUUAUUGGUUUGUAUAUCAAAUAAUUAUUGAUAUACGUAUCUAUUGUUUUAUGUAUUGAGGACUUUAUUGAUUAUCUUUGUGUUCAUCAUACCGGAAUAUAGAGUUCAUAUUCAAAUUUGCAAUGUGUCAGCAUUCAAAUGCCAUAGAGUAAUGUGUCAGCAUUCAGAUGCCAUAGAAUAAUAUGUCACAUUGUCAAAUGUCAGUGAUGGUUCGUCUUCAAUUUCCAUAAUAACAUGUGUCAUUAUGAAAAUAUAAUGUGUCUUUAUCCAAAUAUACAUGUGUAACUAUUAAAAUCUAAUAUGUUUUUAUACCAGAUUUCAUAAUAUGAUACAUGUACAAUGUAUGUCCUACGUGAAUACCAUGUGGCCAUAUUCAAAUGUUAUAAUGUAAUGUGUUCAUAUUAAAAUCUGAUUAUGUAAUG